GCGCUCGGCUGGCCAAGAUGGCGGCGCCCGGCAUCCGCGCCUGUUGUCGGUUGCUGAAGAGGAGCGGCUCGGUUGGGUUCCACUGCCUGCUGAGAGGUGGUGGCUGCUGGAAAGAGGGGCUGUCUUUUUCAAGCAGCAAUGAGGCGAAGUGGAGGAAUUAUUCCACAAGCUCAACUCUCUGUCAGGAUGCAGUCCACCAACAAACAGGCUUUACAGAAGAAAUUGUCAUUCCAAGAAAGAAAAAUUGGGACAAGUUAGCAGUCCUUCAAGCCCUUGCUGCAACAGUGAACAGAGACCACACGGCUGCACACUAUAGGUUCCAAGAUGACCCUUAUCUCAUACCAAGGACAUCACCCGAGUUUCGUCUCUACUCUCUAUCACAGGAGUCAGGGUGUAAUGCUGCGAAGUAUAUCAUUAACACCUAUCCCCACCUUUUCCAGAAGGAUAUUGCUGAACCUUCUAUACCUUGUUUAAUGCCAGAGCAGUUGGAGCCUCUAAUAAAUGAAGUGUGCGUGGCUGCCCUACAAGAACGCAUUCAGCUGAGGAAAGUGAAAGCUUCUGUAGAUAUGUAUGAUCAGCUUGUGCAAGCAGGAACUCCUGUGUCUCUUGAAGUUGCCAAUAGCUUGCUAGAUCUACUCUGUGUUUAUGGAGAUAAAGAGCCACCGAGGGAGGAUCAACUUGAGCCAAGAGAAACUGAAGAUAAGGAUGAGGUGACUGGAGUCUUGCAGAAAAUGCAGAGGGGUCGUCCACGCAGAGUUUCAGAUUUGCUUAGCAUCAUUUGGAGGGAGAACAAUAAUGCAGAGAGGAUAUUCAGCCUGAUGCCUGAACGAAACGAACGUUCUUUCUGUACGAUGAUUCGAGGAAUGAUUAAGCAUGGUGCUUGCACGAAGGCGAUGAACUUGUACACGGAUUUGUUGAACAAUCGAAUGAAAGCGGAUGUUCAUACUUUUAAUGCACUAAUAUCAGCGGUGCCAGAAUUGAAGGAGAUGUACAAUGACAAAGUGGAUUUAAUUGUGGACCUGCUGAAGCAAAUGGCUGAACAAAAGGUGCAACCAAACUUGUUAACUUUUAAUUCCGCAAUGAAGAGUCUCCGAAAGUGUGGUUCAGUUGCAAAAGGACUUUCCAUCCAAAUACUUAAUGAAAUGAAAUAUCUAAAUAUAGAACCAAGUUUGGCUACCUUUAAUCAUCUACUCGCUAUAUUCCAUAAACCUGGUGCAGUUACCCGACCACACACUGACAUCAUCUUUGAGGUUCUUGAUGAAAUAGAGGGGAAGCAUUUUGAGCCCCGGGAUCCUGAUGAUGUGAACUUCUUUAUCAGUGCUAUGAGACUGUGUUUGGAAUUGAAAGACAUUGAAUUGGCUUACAGAUUACACAAGACUCUUGAAACUGGAAACAACUGGGUAUUAUUGGGCGAUUCUUAUCAGCAGAGUAUUUAUUAUGGGAGAUUCUUUAGCCUCUUAUGCACGAUGGAGAGCAUUGACGUGGUUCUCAAGUGGUAUAAAGCCCUCAUUCCAUCGCUGUACUACCCCAAUGUGCAAGGAAUGAGGGACCUGCUGCAGGCAUUGGACACUGAAAACCACUUACACCUGAUUCCAAAUAUCUGGAAAGACAUAAAGCAACUUGGUCACAGUAAUAAGCAGGAUAUUGUGGAAGAGGUCCUUGAACUGAUGAGUCGUGACAAACACAGUCCAGACUUGCAAGCUGCAUUUUCUGAGACUGCACUGGACAUAAAGUCUGUGUAUAAACAGAACCAGCUCCAUAACAUGCAAUGGACAUCUACCUCUUUGGGAAAUGUCACUGUUCUACUCCUGAGAGGAGGUCGAACUCAAGAUGCUUGGGAGAUGCUGCAACUUUUUAAAACUAACAACAGGGUUCCUGGUAAAGAACUAUUGGAUGAGUUUUUGGAUCAUGCUAAGGAAAGCAAUAACAACACUCUGGCUAUUGACUUGGUAAAACUGGCCGGGACAUUCAGUUUGCCUGCAACAUCAGAGCUGUUUGAGCGUGUAAUGAAUGAGUAUCAACUGACGGAUGAAGAGAAAAAAUCACUGGAAGAGCUGGAUGCCACCAGCAGUGAUAGUGACCAAGAAUAAUCUUCUGAUGUUUGAGUCUUAUCACAUGAUCUUCUGUUGAAUUUAUGGCUGCACAAGGAUUGACCUGGGUAUUUGCUCGCUAUAUGUGACUUCUGCACUGGACUGAAUGUUGAACAGAUACCUGGACUGAAGGAAUCUUAUGACUUUUAUAGUUUUAUCUGCUGUAAAAUUUAAUUACAUAACUACAAAAUUAUGUAAGUAUAUGGAAUAUUAAAAUAUGACAGAUCUGAAA